AUGGCACUUCAUCAAUUAAUCGCCCAACAAAUCUCAACACGGAAUCUCCCUGUUCUUGCAAUUGGGGCUGUUUUUCUCAUAUUCAUCUUUCGGAAGCUUUUCACAAGCAGCCAGAAGUCUGAAGCAAAAGGCUGGAAGCCAAUACCUCGCUACUGGCAAUGGGAUCCAAUAUGGGGUCUCGACCUCGUAGCAAGUCAAAUCAAUGCCUUGCGAUCAAACCAGUUCUUGGCUUGGCUUGCCAAACUUCACGCUAGCAUGCCGCACACCAAAACUUUUAGUAUCAAUAUGUUUGGUGUCAAGUGGAUUUACACCUAUGAUCCUGAGGUUUUGAAGGCUGUCUAUGCCACUCACUUCAAGGAGUUUGGAGUCACACCGAUUGGUAAUCUUCGAAGAGGACUGACGCCUUUUGCUGAUAAGGGGGCUAUCACAACUGAUGGUGAAGAGUGGAAGCAUAGUCGAUUCUUGAUCCAGCCCUUCUUUGAUCGUCAGGUGUAUACAAGCACCGACAGAGUGGCUCGGCACACGGACCAAUUCAUCAAGCUGCUGCCUGAGAAUGGGGAGACUGUGGACCUGCAGCCAUUGCUCCAACGAUGGUUCCUGGACAUCGCCACGGAGUUCAUCUUCGGCGAGUCAACUGAAGCGCUAGUAUACCCGGAGCGCGCCAAGAUUGCCAACACAAUGCUUGACGUUCUCGAUGGUGGUCGACUUCGCGCUCAGCUCAACAGACUCAUGUUUCUUCGCGAUUGGACUCCCUGGCUGAAGUCAGUGGAAGAGAUCCACGCUUUCGUCACUCCUCCUAUCCAAGACACCAUCAAGGAGAAAGAAGAACGCGACAAAAAGAUCAAGGAGGGUGCGACUGACUUGGAGCCUGAGCGCACUGAUCUCCUGUGGACUAUGGUACAGAAUCUUCAGGACGUUGAAGAGUUGAGAUCACAGAUCUGCCUGAUCCUUGUCGCCAACAUUGACACUACGUCAGUUUUCAUUAGCAACUGCGUUUGGUGGCUUGCUCGAUAUCCUGAUGUUUGGGACAAGAUCCGCCAGGAAGUCCACGAACUGGGUGAUAUUCCGAUGAACUUCUCAGUUCUUCGAAACAUGAAGUACUUGAACUGUGUCAUGAAUGAGACCCACCGCAUGAUCCCCAACAACGUCUCUCAACUUCGUGGUGCCUUUGAGGAUGUCGUGAUACCAGUAGGCGGCGGACCAGAUGGCAAGUCACCAACUCUCAUCCGCAAGGGCGAUCUAGUUCUCAUCAACAAGACUGUCAUGUACCGUGAUACCGAGGCAUGGGGUGAGGACUCUAAUGAGUUCAAACCGGAGAGAUUUGACGGAUAUCGAGGCUCAUGGGGUUUCCUGCCUUUUGGUGGUGGACCCAGACGGUGCCCAGCUCAGAUGAUGGUUCAGACUGAGGCAGCGUAUAUUCUUGCUCACCUUGCAAAGACUUUCAAGCGCAUCGAGCCUCGGGACCCAGAGCCUUAUCUCGUUCUAGACAAUACUUGCACCAUGGAACUGGCUAUCGCGCAACCCAUCACGCUGGAAUGCGGUCUCACUUUACCAAACAGACUCACCAAAGCGGCCAUGGCCGAGAGAUUGGCUGACAAAGACGGCCUUCCAGGUGGCAAGCAAUGUCUCGCAACGUAUAGUGAAUGGGCGAAAGGGGGUUGGGGUUUGAUCAUCAGUGGUAAUGUGCACAUCGAUCCCGCUCAUCCCGGGGCACCGGGUGACUUCACAGUAAACCGGGAUCUCCCUAGAGUAAAGACUCUCCCAGCGUGGAAGUCUUGGGCCAGCGCUUGUUCACUCAACGGAACGAAAGCCAUAGUCCAGAUCAACCAUCCAGGACGGCAAGCACCAUUUGUCAAGAGCCUUGCUCCAAGCCCAAUUCCUCUGGAUCUUGGCAAGGGUCUAUUUCCAUGGCUUGUCAGGUCACUAGUAUAUGGAACGCCGAAAGAGAUGACUCAGUCUGACAUAGAUGAUGUGGUGACGAGAUUUGCCGAAGCAGCGCAGCUAUCAGUGGAGGCGGGCUUUGCUGGAGUAGAAAUACACGCUGCCCAUGGAUACUUAUUGGCCCAGUUCUUAUCGCCACUUUCGAAUGAACGAACAGAUGACUAUGGAGGCUCCCCACUAGCAAGAGCCAAGAUUGUUAUUGACGUCAUCAAAGCCGUCAGAAAAGCUGUACCAGCUGGGACCUGUGUUGGCAUAAAGGUCAAUUCGACUGAUCACACAGAUCUGGGCGAUUUCAUCACCCAAUUGAAGGCCAUAGUUGAUGCUGGAGUUGACUUUGUAGAGGUCAGUGGAGGGUCCAUCGAGGAUCCCAUGUUCAGCACUGGCCUGCACACAACUGUGAAGGCGAGCACCAAGGCCCGGGAAGCCUUCUUCAUCGACUUCGCGAACGCUAUCAGAUCUGAGCUUCCGAACGUUCCCAUCAUGCUGACUGGUGGCUUUCGGACACGCCAAGGUAUGGAGGCUGCCGUCAAAGGAGGCAGUUGUGAUUUGGUGGGCUUAGCUCGGCCAUCGGUCAUUGAUCCAGCUCUGCCAAAGAAAGUCCUGGACACCAGUAUACCAGAGCAUGGGGCUUUGGCAUAUGCUAAGAGAAUUGAGGCGUGGAGUUGGGCCAAGUAUACUGGAAUCAAGGCUGUCGGUAUGGGGGCUGAAACAUUUUAUAGAGUUACAAGAAGUGGGCUUACAAUAAUCCAACCAUUGACCCCAGUGCACCAAUAA